AUGGAAUAUCUGGAGGUGGCACUAUUCUCAUUGAUAGUCCCUUAUUAUGGUGUUGGGCGAGCACUACGUAUAAUCAAGCGCGGCGCAAUUUGGGUAGGGGAUCCACUCCAACAAGCAGCAAGAGCAGAAGCUCUUUGCGUUGUCGGGAAAAAUUGGCAAUUUAAAAAGCCAACCCGUGGAAUAGUGGUGAUGACAGCAGGUGAUGUGACCCAUGAGCGAGACGUUGAUCGUUUUAGCUUGAAAAAUCGCUCCCACUAUAGACUGUUCGUGCUAGAACAAACAUGCCGCAAGAUCAACUUGAGGACUGUUCACGGAAACCGUUGUUUGACGGAUGAGUACGCCCUUUAUGCACUUGGUCGAUAUCAAGUCGAAGAACUCUCCCUCGAGAAUGCACAAAAUUCCAAAGAGUUCAAGCUUGAACUUCCUUGCAAUCACAGUUUCGUCAAACCUGCGAUAUCCCUUGUUCAGAUUAUCUACUCCUCGAUAAGUCUUUACCAAAACAGUAAGACUCAGUUCAAUACUGCUGGCUUCGGUGCCUACACUUUUGUUGGAAUCCCGUUUAUCCUCAUGUCUUUACUCAACCUCCUGGCAGCUAUCUGCUCUCCAGAAUAUCCAUGUUAUUACUUGCUAGAAUCAGACCUCAUGGACGAAGCGAGAAAUAAGGGCUGUGAAUUCAAUGGCACAGUCGGUAAAAUCAAAAAACCUGUAUCAAAUCCUUCACGAAAAGGCUCAAGAACAUACGUCUCGCCAGAGCAGGCAGAAAGAGGCGGUUGGGAGUUCAAUAUAGUCAAUAAGUCCAAUAACCCAUUUUAUCGUCAGAUAGGGCUUGAAACGCUGGGAGCGUUACAACCUCGCCGGAAAUACACCAGGGAUACCGUGUUAGAAAUCAUCCGCCAAUUCCUAGACUUGGGGGACAGUACCUUCUCCGAGCGGGCUUGGCUUACGAUCUGGCUCCCGUUCAACUUUCUUCUGAUGCUUCUGGGCUCAUACUCCGUGAUUAGCCAUAAUGGGGUCAUCGUGAAUUAUGUGGCAGAUAAGGCGCCGGAGUGUUACGGCAAAACUUUCGACUCUUUCAAGCUCGCUUUCUCUGUAUUAGCAAUCUAUUUUAUCCUCGCAGGUCCAGCUAUCUGGGUUUUUUGGGUUACGGGGAAGUCGAUUAUGGAGCAUCAAAUUUGCGAAUCAAAGUAG